AUGGAAGCAGCUUCUUCUAAGCGCAUUAGAGUCAAAUUCUCACAUCAAGCACUCUUCUUUCUUUCAAUUUGUAUGCAACAAUUGGAUCCAAUGGGAGACCUUCCAAUCGAACUGUCGUUUUCAGGUCAUCUUAGUUUGUCUAUAGGAUUUGAAGAAAAUAGCGAUAGAAUUCAAAUCAACACAGAUUGCCGUACACGCAAGAUUGAAGAACUCAAGCACUGUCCAUUUGCUGAGAUAUGUUGGUAUUUUACUGACUCUUGGGAGCAAUUCCGGAUCAAUGGAAGAGUUGAUGUUAUAGAUGGGUCCAAUCCCGAUCCAGAAAAGCUUCAGCAAAGAGAGAAAUCAUGGUUUGCUAGUUCAUUAAAAUCAAGGCUGCAGUACUUGGGACCUAAUCCGCGUCUUCCUUUUCUAAGUGAGCAAUCUCCCAACGAGUUCUUUCUCGACCCCUCUUCAGGCCCAGUUGCCACAUUUUGUCUACUGGUUUUAGAUCCAGAUCAGGUUGAUUACUUGAAUUUGAAGAGUAACCAGAGAAUAUUGUCCACCUUGUCAUGGAGUGCCAAUGGAGAAAUGUGUUGGAAUUCAGAGAUCAUCAAUCCCCUCCCAUGUAAAGCAUCUUGCCUGAACGUGUAUCCCAUCCCUUCGGUUGAAAGAUACCAGGAGAAUGAGGGACAGUCUAUCAGAACAAUCUUAAAGAGGAAACUUAAUUCUUCCUCUACUGAGAUUGUGAAAUACACAUUUGAGCAUGAGGCCUUGCAAUGGGAGGGAGAUAUGAUAAUAAUUAUUGUACUUCCAAGUUUAUUGUACUACACUGGAGUACUGAUUGUUCCAUCUGGAGUAGGCAGGCAGUCAUCUUGCUUUAUGAAUAUAUGUUUCAGUGUUGAUUCUCAGCCAUGUGCACCUGCUGUUCUUGACCGAGUUAUCAUCGUUAAUGUAUCUUCUUGUAUGCUCCAUGCCAUCUUAUCUCAUCUGCAAGCAUGGAGGGUUCAUUUCCGACCUCAAACCACCCAUGUAUUUCCUUGCCCCAAAUUGAAUAUGUUGUCUCCUCUCCUUUACCACCUCCUUGCACUCUUAAUGAACUCACUGAAUGAUGCGGAUGUAGCUUGGCUAUUGUGCGACGUUAUGUCAGUCUGCAUGGCGGCAGUUUGA